UGGAUCUGAGACGUGGCUCCCAGAGCGGAAGAACCAUGUUGGACUUCGCGAUCUUCGCCGUUACUUUCUUGCUGGCGUUGGUGGGAGCGGUACUCUACCUCUACCCGGCAUCCAGGCAAUCUGCUGGGAUUCCAGGGAUUACUCCAACUGAAGAAAAAGAUGGUAAUCUUCCAGAUAUUGUCAACAGCGGAAGUUUGCAUGAGUUCCUGGUUAAUCUGCACGAGAGAUACGGGUGUGUGGUCUCUUUCUGGUUUGGCAGGCACCUUGUGGUUAGUUUGGGCACCGUUGAUGUACUGAUGCAGCAUAUCAACCCCAAUAAGACAUCGGACCCUUUUGAAACUAUGCUGAAAUCAUUAUUGAGAUAUCAGUCUGGUGGUGGGGGUACAAGUGAAAACCACAUGAGGAAAAAAUUAUAUGAAAAUGGUGUGACUAAUUCUCUGCAGAAUAAUUUUGCUCUCGUGCUAAAGCUUUCAGAAGAAUUAUUAGAUAAAUGGCUCUCCUAUCCAGAGUCCCAGCAUAUUCCUCUCUCCCAGCAUAUGCUUGGUUUUGCAGUGAAGUCUGUUACACAGAUGGUAAUGGGUAAUACCUUUGAAGAUGACCAAGAAGUCAUUCGCUUCCAGAAGAAUCAUGGCGUGGUUUGGUCUGAGAUUGGAAAAGGUUUUCUAGAUGGGUCACUUGAUAAAAGUACAACUCGGAAAAAACAAUAUGAAGAUGCCCUUAUCGAACUGGAAUCUAUUUUAAAGAAAAUCAUAAAAAAACGAAAAGGAAGGAGCUUUAGUCAACAGAUUUUCAUUGACUCCUUAAUACAGGGGAACCUUAAUGAUCAGCAGAUCCUUGAAGACAGUAUGAUAUUUUCUCUGGCCGGUUGUAUAAUAACUGCAAAAUUAUGCACCUGGGCAAUAUAUUUUUUAACGAUCUCUGAAGAAGUUCAGAAAAGAUUAUAUGAAGAAAUAUACCAAGUUUUUGGGAAGAGCCCUAUUACUCCAGAGAAAAUUGAGCAGCUCAGAUACUGUCGUCAUGUGCUUUGUGAAACUGUUCGGACUGCUAAACUGACACCAAUUUCUGCCCGGCUUCAAGAUAUUGAAGGAAAGAUUGACCAAUUUAUUAUUCCUAGAGAGACCCUAGUCCUUUAUGCCCUUGGUGUGGUACUUCAGGAUCCCAGUACGUGGCCAUCACCACACAAGUUUGAUCCAGGCCGCUUUGAUGAUGAAUCAGUAAUGAAAACAUUCUCCUUGCUUGGAUUCUCAGGCACACAGGAAUGCCCAGAAUUGAGGUUUGCAUAUAUGGUGACCACAGUACUUCUGAGUGUAUUGGUAAGGAGACUGCACCUGUAUUCUGUGGAGGGACAAGUUAUUGAAACAAAGUAUGAACUGGUAACAUCAUCAAGGGAAGAAACUUGGAUCACUGUCUCAAAGAGAUAUUAAAAUCUUACACAUUUUAACUCUGUUAAAGGGACUGAGGAAACUAACAAUUUACAAGAUCUUGUGGUAAAUCCUUCUUUAAAUCAAGUAUCGUUUUGCAAUAUAAACAAAUAUUUGUA